AUGUUUACAUUUUUAAUCAUUUUCCUGAUCCUAAAUAGUUUUCUAAUAUUUUCAAUAUCGACAGAAAAUACAGAAAAGAUAUUUGACACGACAACAAGAUGGACACAAAGUGAUACUCAAUGUUUCAAUAUAACAACACCAAUACCAAAUACGUUAUUGGAUCCAAACUAUCGCGUAUACAUUACUUGGAAAAUGUUAGAAGAAUGUUACGAAUUAGUCAAAGAAUCAUUAAAGAAUACGAAUAAUGAACAAAAUAAGAACAAGUUAAAAUUUUUGGAUAAUAAAUUUGAAACUUCUACACCAACUUUAACAACUUUAACGAAUAAAACAUUUGAUAAAGAUGAAUUAAUGAAAAUUAUGUUUAAAUCUUUCACAAUUGUAUUAUAUAACAACCCAAAGCAAGUCGGCAUGGUUUCAAUUCCAAGAAUCAAAUUUGAUUAUUCGUCCGUCAUUACGAACAAUACUAAUUCAUCACCAUAUUUGUGGGUGGUUCCAUUUAUUAAAUCUGAUAGUAUUAAAAAUAUAGAAUUAUAUUUUAUCAGAGUUUCAUCUUCAAGUAUUGUUAAUGAGAUGGAAGGCGAAUUUUCAGGUGUGGUAGGACCUUUUGGGAUCAAUUCCGAGGCAGCAAGGUUUCCGAAAACUUUGUUUGCUCCCACUCCUACCAAGACGGAGAAUGUUGAUGAUGGUGAACCGACACAUUUUGGUGAAACAGAAAACCUUCAUGAACCGACUCCAAUAGAGAAGGCCAAUAGGAAUGACUUAAAAAGCAAUAAUGCAAAUAUCAUAAAAAUUCAUGAUAGUUUUUUGGACCAUGUUGUUAUAGCUGAAUUAAUAGGAAUAGGAAUGUUUAUAAUUUUUCUUGUCUGUGGGUGA